AUGGCCAAGACAGGCGCCACCCCUGGCCAGCCUUCCCUUGAGGGCCUGGGCGGAGGCCCCGGAGGAGCCCACCGGCGGAUGGCUCAACGCUGUGCCUGCCUGCCCGUGACCUUCCCCGGCCGGGAAGGAGAAGGGCGGCCCUCCUGGCGCUUUCCGACUUUCGGGGCCGAGGCCUGGGGGGGCUUUCCUUCCUUUUGCCCGAUCCACGGAGCCUCUUUCACGGGCCCCACACCGAUUUCCUGCCCUUCUGCCAAUCGUCGGAGGGACGGGCCCCCAACGCCCGGCAUGGCUGCGGAGGCCGGAGGCGAGGCGCCCGGGGCAAUGGCGCGUCCUCGGCGCUCGAGGGGGAGGCAGCCGCGCGGCCAGGAGACCCCUCGGCUGGAGACCGGCUGCUCGGCCCCGGGGAUGGGCGGGGCGCCGGGCCUUCGGAGCAGAGGGCGCCAGCUGCGGGAUUUGCCGCAGUGGGCGCGCCGGGCGAGAGCGCGCAGCAAGUUCCCUGGCUUCCCUCCCCGCGGGAGACCGGCGGGCGUUGGCCGAGGAGCCCUCCCCGCAGGGCGGCGGGCAGAUGCCGCCUCUCCGCGGCUGAGGAAGCUUCGCUCGGCGCGCCCCUCGCGGACCGCCGCGCCCUCCCUGCCUCCCAAAGGCCCCAACGCGGCAGAUCCUGGGGGAGCUAACGGAGGCGAGCUCCCUCGCGCCGGACGAUCAGGGCCGCCCCGAUGCGCCGAGGGGACGCCCGCCCGCCCGCCCGCCCGCUUGCUUCUCCGCAAAUGCCGCCGCCGCGCGCCCCGCCUCACCUGCCCGGCGGCGGGCGUUCCUCGCGGGGUCCCCUGCCGGCACCGCCCCCCGUUCGGAUGCCCGCGGCGACUAGCCGGCCGGCGGGCCCGGGAGCACCAGACAGCUGCUGCUGCUGCUGCUGUCAGCGCACGGAGGAGGAGCCGCCCGCCCAGGCAGCCGUAA